GGCGGAUUGCUUCUGAUUCUAGAGCAUAUUAGUCCGGAGUACCGAAUCACACGCUUUUUAUGUCUCUUUCUCCAACCGUUCUGGUCGUGGUCUUUUGUCGGUUGCCAGCUCACUCGUGAACCGCAUCUGUUGAUCCAGUCCAAACCGGAAUUCCGUCAGUCAUGGGAUGUGGUGUCCUGUGAGUUUGGUGAUGUGCCCGGAACAUCGUUUCUUAACCCGGUUCGUCAUGUUGUGGCUCUGGUCGCUCGACGACGAUCGUGA